CCCUCACACUUAUUACUUCGGGUUGGGCCCUAAGCGAGUUGGGCUUUGGAUUUUAAGAGAUUCAAACUACAUGAGUUAAGUGCCGACUCGUUUAUGCAGUAACGGUCAAAUUCAUUCUCAUCGAAAACAAAAGAGAGGCAGAGUGAUGACGAAGAGAAAGGGGCGAUCAGAAAUCUCAGAAGAAACCCUAAAUUCAGAGGAGAAAGGCGAUGAUUUCUUUGCCUGCUAUCUACUGGCUUCCCUCAGCCCCAGGCACAAAGGCCACUCCUAUAUCGGAUUUACAGUUAAUCCAAGGCGUAGAAUCAGGCAACACAACGGUGAAAUAACGUGUGGAGCAUGGAAAACCAAGAGGAAGCGCCCUUGGGAAAUGGUUCUAUGUAUUUAUGGUUUCCCAACAAAUGUUUCUGCUCUUCAGUUUGAAUGGGCGUGGCAGCACCCAACAGAGUCACUAGCCGUCAGAAAGGCAGCUGCAGGUUUCAAAUCCCUUUCUGGGAUUGCCAAUAAGAUCAAACUCGCGUACACCAUGUUCACCCUCCCAGCAUGGCAGAGCUUGAACCUCACAGUGAACUUUUUCUCAACAAAGUAUACAAAGCAUUCUGCUGGUUGCCCAAUCUUGCCAGAGCACAUGAGGGUGCAAGUUUCUCCCAUGGAUGAGCUUCCAUGCUAUUCAGGAAGUGAUCAGAGUUUCUUUGACAAUGCCAGGGGCGAUGAGAAAGAAGAACUUGGUGAAAGAGGCAGCAGCAGUGAUGGAUUUGAUCAAGUAAUAGCCCAUGAGGAGACUGCUCUGGAGCAGUUUGGAUGGAUUGAAGAACAUGGCUUGAGACAACCAGGGGACUCACCCUCUCCAGAAGUAGUUCAUUGUUCUGGAAAGACCCAAGAAAACGCCAUGAGACAACCUGCAGACUUGUCCACUUCAAAAGAUGAACAUAGAUCGCCAUUUUGUCUCAUUGAUUCCCCAGUGAGAACAUCUUCUCAUAGCACAGAAGGAACUCUUGAUAAAGAUACCUCUGGAUUGAGCAAAGAAAAUAAAGUUCUGACAAUGAAACAAUUGCCAGCUACAGUAGCCGCUGAUAGAGGUAAACCAAAAAUCAGCAGUCUCGAUACCUCUUGUGAAAUUGAGGUUAUAGAUCUAUUGAGCUGCUCACCUGACUACAGAACUAACCCAUGUUUCAAGAAGAGAAGAGCUACUACUGUCCAUCCUGAGAUCAUUGACUUGACCAAUUCACCCAUUUUUGUGUAGCUGUAGUAUGCUGGGUGUUUUACUUCCAGAUAACAGAGAAAGAAUAAGAAACUUUUUAUCCUGGAAUAAGCAUUGCUGCAUUUGGUAAUAAUGUAUUCUAAUCUUUUACAUUCCUAUUCCUUGACUGCAUCAAUUUACUUUAAUUUAAAUUCACAGAUUAGAUUUUGUUGUGUUGAAUAACAGCCAUUUUUUCUUGA